GAAGAAACACUUGCUGCUCCACCUCACUUCGGCGUAGAGCUCUUCGACGUACAUCCUCAGCUACCCAGCACCAUGAACGCUGUGUUCGCCAUGGUGAUCCUGGGCGUGAUGGCCGCCGCCAGCACCGCUGCGUUGCCCACCGCUACCGGCACCAAACAGUGGCCACCCGAGCAGUUCCAGCCUAAUGACAGGCGUGAUGUCGGAGUGGGGAAUGUGAACUUCGGCACCGGGAGCUUCAACCCCAAUGUGAAUGUAAACAACACCGGCUACCCCUCUGUGAAUGUACCCGGCAGUGUCAGCUCCCCAGUGAAUCCACCCAGCAGUGUUAAUUCCCCAGUGAGUCCAUCCAGCUGCUGCUAUCCCCUUGUCAAUGUACCUAGCUGCUGCAACCCACCUGUUAAUGUACACAUCAGCGGACAUUUCCCUGUGAAUGUACCGGGCAGUGGAUAUCCUCCUGUGAACGUACUUAGCAGUGACUAUCACACUGGAGGCUACUCCAGCGCAAAUGUUUUCGGCCCCCCUUUGGGUGGUGUGUAUCUGUUUACAUACUACUGAGCUCCCAGUGAGUCCUUCAGAUGUUUCAUUAUACGAUGUCUUACGCAGUUUCGUAUAUGAAGCUAUUUGCAUGAAUAAAAUUGUGUCUGUGUUAUCAUAA